CACAUAAACAUUGUUAUUUAUUGCAAAAGCAAUCAAUUCUCCUCCUUAAUUUACUUCAUUUCCCGACAGAAAUUAAUUGUCAAACAUCCUCAUCGACAAGCCGUUUUGAAGAACUUCCUCCCAAAAAGAUUGUUUGGAAAAAAAAGGGUUUCAUUUUGGGGUAUUAUUCUCAUUUGGAGUCAUCUUCUUAGUACUCUAUUUGUGGGAAUUUGGAACGUUAUGAAGUCACCUUUUCUGCUUCACAUAUCUUUAUUGCUGCUUUUCUUUUUCAGCAUUAACAAUGCCUCUUCAACUUCCGAAAUGGCUCCAAACCACCUCCAUGUAGAAUCAAAUGAGUAUUUGUUUGCCACACCAUCAAACAGGAAGAUGAAACUGCAGGAUCGCGAGCAAAGUAACCCGACGAGGAAGAAUGUUCGUGUGGGUGACGUGAAUCUUUACGACUACCACCCCAUUGAUCCAGUUCCAAGCUCAAAGAGAUCCAUCAAACAUGGACCAAUAGAGCAUGGCUCUCCUCUUAUACCUCAUAUGCCAAGUCCUUCCCCUCCUGAUCAACCACAGCCCGGUGGUUUUGUGUAGAGAGCAGAUACCUUCCUCUCUCCUACUUGUUAUAAAUAAACUGAAUUUGUUUAUUAUCAAACCAGCUAUGUUAAUUCCCAUCACUAGAUAUCGUAUUAUCUAUAUUGUACUUAAAAGAAGUAAUGGAAUGAUGUUCAAUAGGAAAUGACUGUUUGUACAUCUUGUCUACUUAUACCAUAGAGCUUGGUUGAAGAGUCCACAGGUGAUUUGCUCUAUGUAUUUAAUAGUUGUUUUAUAAAUCUUAUGUAUGGGUGAGCCAUUUUUGUUGGAA